GUUGAAGCUGUCGGCCACAGAUUGUGCAUGGCUUCACAAGUCUCUGCAAGUCUGCAUACUUUAACCAGAAUUAAGAAAUAAUACAGAGUUCUAUAACUAGUCAAUCUCGAGGGCGAUGUCUGCGGAAAUACCCCGGAACCGAACUUCACUAGAAAGCUGUUUGAAUCCAAAGACUGGCUGUUUGGAGAGUCUUCAGAAACUUCCCAUGAGUCCACCAUAUCCCACAAUAUCGACGUCUUUGAGUCAGGAGGUGUUGGAGGAACAGCAGAUCUCUGAACCAGACAGAACCACCAGCCAAACUGCACAACAUGACGUUAAAGCAUCUCGAAGAUUACCUGCGGAGAAUACAGGCCAAAAAGAGCUUCUCCUUCAGCUUCAGGUGCAGCAGCUGCAGAGGGUUUUACAGGAGCAGAACACACUGCUGUCGCUCAUCAGUCCUGGACUGAUUUUAUCUCCUGCAUUCUUAGCACCCUGGCAAGUCCAGACACCUUCGAGCCUUUCAGAAACUGAUCUCCUCAACUCUGCUGGGAAUUCAGAUGCCUUCAAGGAAAACUUAACCAAACCCACCUAUUUUUGUGAGCUGGAGAAUGAGUCAGACGCGCUGGCAACUGAGAACAGCAGUGACGUUGCACCAUCAGCAGAACUCAGAUGUUUGUCUCCUAUUAAAGAAGAAUCUUCAGAUCCUACAUCAGAAGAUUGUCCUCUAAGCCCUUUUGGAUCAAGGCAAGGUUUGCUGCCAAACCCAGAGGAAAGGCCUAUUCGACCAGGACUGAGAAAAGAGCAAACAACCUUCGAAGAGUUUGUCGAAGAGCAUCUCAAAACAGAACAGGCUGUUCUUCAGGAUAAUAAUCAGAAACAAACCAGAGGAGCAGAGAAGAGGAACUUCCUUCGUAAAGGAGAAGGAACGUCUAGACUUUCAAACGUGAAACACUUCUCCAAAAACACCCAUAGAAGACGCUCUGUUAGUCCACAAAUGAGGAGUAUGAAGAUGCUACGUCCCACUGACCUUCAUCAGAAAGAGAUGCAGCAAACAUCUGACCUGAAAGAAUCUCUAAACAAGACCGGUGCUCAACAAGAUAAUGAUUUAUCAUCAAACAAAGAUGGUAAAGAUUCAGCUUGGACUGCUAAUAUUACUAACAAUGCUAACUCGCCUAAAAGUAAACUCAAUGUUGGAGAGAUGAAGAGUAAUGGUUUAGCCAAAGGAAACAAAUCAUGUACGAAUCAUCAACACAACAGUGUAGGCUUUAAAAAAAUCAACGACCACAUCAUCAAAGUCCACCAGAAAAAUAAUUCUCCUCCUACAAACCACCGCUGGCAAAACCAAAGUGGAAAAGCAUCUAAAGAAGUCAAUCUAACCAAUGAAGUAAUGGAGUCACUGUCUCUCAGCGAUUCUGACCACAGCUCUCACAGUGAAGACGGACCCAAUUCUCAAUCUCACAAACCAUUUCCUCAUCAUGUCUCAAGGCACACGGAUCACAAAGAUCAGAGUCUGGAUCUGUCAGAUGGAGACUACGCUAGUGAUGCUCCGAGUGAGAUUCAGUUUGGUGAAGAAAAUCGCACUUCUUCUCCUGAGUCCCUUUCUUCAAGCUCUUCAAGCAGUGAUUCUGAACUCAGGAGCUUAGAGGAGUCUAACAAAACUGAGUCAAGAGGGGCUGACAGAACAUCUGCUCCUCAAAGCCUCACAAAGGUGUUUCCACAAGUCUGGGAUACUCAAGAAGACACCACUCACAGUGUGGAGCAAGAGAAACCAUAUGCUUCAAUCAGGGAGGAGAAGGAGGAGUGUAAUUAUAAUGGUGAGGAUGGCUGCAAGCUUCAAAAAGAUCUUCAUGAACCUCAGGAGCUGAGGCAGCAGAUCUGGUCUCUGAAGCAGCAGCUGAUGAACAGAGAGUCUCAGUGGUCUCAGCUUCACAGCGUCCUGCAGAGCCGUGUGGAGACCCUCGUUCAAGAGAACCAGCACCUCCAGAGGAGACUCACUAUGGGCAGGAGAUCCUCUGCACCUCCAUCAUACAGCACAUAUGAGAAGAGCAGAGAGGUGACACAGAUGAUGCCUCGUGUCAGGAGCGCAACUCCAGCCUUUAACAAACCCUCCAUCCACAGGACACCACAAGAAAAUGCAAACGGAGGCUCUAUUGGGACAACAGGCAGCUCUUCGAGAAGGAAUUCUGUACUUUCCUUUGACAACCUUCAGAACAAAGACCUGAUUACACAAGGCGGAAAGGGAAGUUCGUUUUAUCACCAUCCUGACCACAAUGAUGCACAAUUAACAUCCCAAACCAGAAAAGACAACGUGCGAGAGGAAACACGCUAUCCAGAUGGAAGGGUUGAACGUCUGUUUUGGAGCGGAAGUCGCGUGAUUAUAUUCCGCAAUGGGACAAAGAAAGAGAUCAGUCUUGACAAGUCGGUCACUGUCACCUUCUUCAACGGAGAUGUUAAACGCACACUGGCUGAUGGGACGGUGAUAUACUACUAUUGUGAUGCUCAAACAACACACUCAACAUACCCAUCUGGAUUGGAAGUUGUACAGUUUCCAAACAACCAAAGAGAAAAACACCAUCCGGAUGGUACAAGGGAAAUUUCCUUCCCAGACGGCACGGUUAAGAUUCUCCAUUCUGAUGGUCAAGAAGAAAGCAUUUUCCCAGAUGGAACUGUUGUCAAGAUUUCACAACAUGGUGAAAAGGUGGUGGAGUUCACUAAUGGUCAGAGAGAGAUCCACACGACACAGUACAAGCGCAGAAUAUUCCCGGAUGGAACCAUUAAAACAGUCUACACAAACGGGAGACAAGAAACAAAGUUCUCAUCUGGUAGGGUUCGCAUUAAAAACAAUGAAGGGGUCAUUAUAAUGGACAAAAAAUCUACUUAGACACUAAAUCCUCUAUUUAUUGUUUUUUAUAUUCCACAAAAAAGCACUUAGAAACUAUUAGGAAACGUAUAGUCAUCAUGUUGAAGAAGAAAAACGUUUUUAGGAGCUUCAGGCACUAUUUUUAAGCAGGCAAAUGCUUUUUGAUGUAAUCUGACUCACAGAUGUUGCCAUAAAAUGCCUCAUAAAUAUUUUAUUAUUCAGUACUGUAAAUGCUGUUUGUUUUUUUAGAUGAAAGCUUUGUGUCUCUUAAAUGCAAACAUAAUUGUAUUUCUUAUGCAAAUGAGUUUUACACAAGUGAGCAGAGCACUUACAGCUUGGUUACUUCAUUUAAAAAAUGACUUUUGUGCUUGUUCAAACUAUGUAUUUAAAAUGAGUUGAAACACAAUUCUUAAGUUUUUUGGGGAGGCAACCUAAUUGUUUAUGUUCAAUCUACUCAAAAAAAAAAUCGAGUUAUCUUUAUUGAUUAGUGUUGGAACAAUAUGCAGGAAUUAUGUGGAACCCAGAAUUUUCACAUUGUUUAUUAGCAACAACUGAAACAUUUACAUGCAUUUUAAUUAAAGCCUUGUCAAUUAAAGCUCUAGAUAAAUGGUUUUCCAAGUCA